AUGGCCGCGCGUCGGCCGCUACGGGUGUUGUGCUUGGCGGGCUUCCGGCAGAGCGAACGGGGCUUCCGCGAGAAGACUGGCGCUCUGAGGAAGGCGCUGCGAGGCCGCGCCGAGCUCGUGUGCCUCAGCGGCCCGCACCCGGUCUCCGAAGCGGCCGAGCCUGACUGCGGUCCCUGCGCCCCGGAGGAGCAGCCUCGAGGCUGGUGGUUUUCAGAGGCUACAGCGGACACCUUCUCCGCGCUGGAAGAGCCCGCCGUGUGCCGGGGGCUGCAGGAGGCCCUGGGAGCGGUGGCCCGGGCCCUGAGCAGCCUGGGGCCUUUUGACGGACUCCUCGGGUUCAGCCAGGGGGCCGCGCUGGCCGCCCUGGUGUGUGCCCUGGGCCAGGCGGGAGACCCGCGCUUCCCCUUACCGCGGUUUAUCAUCCUGGUCUCUGGCUUCUGUCCUCGGGGCCUUGUUCUCAAGGAACCCAUCUUGAAGAGUCCCUUGUCACUGCCUUCCCUGCAUGUUUUUGGGGAAACCGACCGUGUGAUUCCUGCUCAGGAGAGCGUGCAGCUGGCCAGCCGAUUCCCCGGAGCCGUCACCCUCACCCAUUCUGGUGGUCACUUCAUUCCUGCAGCUGCAGCCCAGCGCCAGGCCUACCUCAAGUUCUUGGACCAGUUUGCAGAGUGA